GGGGCAGCCAGGUGUGCGCAGUGGUUCGUUUCAGUUGUCGCAAGGUGUUUUGGCUAACCACAUAGCACAGGUUUCACCCGCGGCACUGACUUUGGUAAUCGAGUGGCUCGCAUCUCAAAUGUCAACCGCCGAGCACUUGACCUUGUCAUGUGGUGGGUGUACUAAGGUUGCGAGAUGAGAAAUCUGUCGAAUCUUUUUCCCCCCACCUCAGCCCCUCCUGUACAACACAAACAAAUAGUUUACUGUCAAAAUUCAAUGUACCCUACCAUAUUUGGAUUUUUAGAAGACAAAUUGAAGAGCGGAGCACUACGGAAAGUCGAGGAAACCAGCAACAUCUGCACUAUCUUUGCCACUAACAUCCCCCAAUGCCUUUCAAGAAAACGCCGAAGGUCGGAAAGCAUCAGCUCAAUCCGUACACGCGCUUCUUUGAAGCUCAGAAAUCUCUGCCGCAGGAAAAGGGCGACUGUAAUGGCCAAAAAACGGGCGUCUACAAUCGUGAAAGCGUCUACGUCCUGUCGAAUAAGCCCCGUGGCAAACGACGACAGGCUCGCGAAAGUAAUCAACCCACAUGGCGACGUCGUGGGGGCGGGGUAAACGAGGACCACAUCAUGGUCGUUACGCAGGAUGACACGCAGCAGCAGAAGGAUAAGCCGGUAUUGACCGCCUCCCAACUAGAUUCCAUUUGCUAUGACGUCAUGAAGGAGCCGCCAAUGCAGUUUCAUGUGGAUGGCACUGACAUAGUGCCCAGUAUCCGAGGCUUGAGGCUGAGCGUCUGUGUGGAGCACACCCGAUUCCAACUGGUGGCGAAGGUGACCAGGAACAUGGGCUUUCAGCAUGUGCCCGAACAUAGACUCUGGAAUAUCCAGUGGUCUGAUUCGACGCCCCAUCACGAUCUGCUGCGAAGUAUGAAGCGUUUUCAGCAGAUCAACCAUUUUCCCGGCAUGGUGGAGAUAUGUCGCAAGGAUCUGCUUUCAAGGAACCUGAAUCGAAUGCUUAAACUUUUCCCCGGCGACUAUCGCAUCUUUCCCAAGACCUGGUUAAUGCCAACUGAUGCCUACAAUGUGUCCAUUUAUGCCGGGAAACACAAGCGCACUUUCAUCCUCAAGCCUUAUUCUGCCGGUCAGGGGCGUGGCAUCUGGAUAACCACUGAUCUUCGCACUGUGGCCAAACGGGAGAAGCUCAUCUGCCAGACCUACAUUGAGCGGCCCCUGCUGAUUGACGGCUACAAAUUCGAUCUGCGAGUGUAUACCCUAGUCACCUCAGUGGACCCUUUGCGCAUUUUCGUAUACAACGAAGGCCUCGCUCGCUUUGCCACCCACAAGUACGUGCCACCGACAAUGGGCAACAGCCACAAUGUGUUCAUGCACCUGACCAACUACUGCCUGAAUCGCCGGAACUCGCAGUACAUGGUGGGAAAUGGACCGGAGGCGGGUUCCAAACGGAAACUCAGUGCCUUCAACAAAUGGCUAGUGGAUCACCACUACGAUGUGGCCGAGUUCUGGGCAAGUGUGGAUGAUGCUAUCAUCAAGACGGUGAUCAGUGCUUGGCCCACUUUGAAGCACAACUACAACGUGUGCUUUCCGAAGCACGAUAAGAUACAGGCCAGCUUUCAGCUCCUGGGCUUCGAUAUCCUGGUGGACUGGAAGCUGAAGCCCUACAUCCUGGAGGUCAAUCACACGCCCAGUUUGAGUGCAGAUGAAUCGGUGGACAUGGAAGUGAAGCGUCCACUCAUUCGGGACACUCUAAACAUGCUAAGCACGGCUUUGGUGGAUAAAGAGCAGAUCAUUCGCGACGAUCGAACUGAACAUAGGGCCAGGCUAUUGAGGAACAUCUACAAUAAGAAGGCCUCUGCCCAGAUGCCCGGUUAUUCGUCGCCAACCCGUGAAGCUGGUGGCAACGACGUGCGACAGGCCUGUUCCAUUGGUGCACUCACCCAGCAGAUUGCCUGGGAGGAAAGCCACCUGGGAAACUAUCGACGCAUCAUGCCGCCGCGUGAUUGCGAAAAAGUCAACUACUAUUGCAAGUUCUACGAGCAGAAUAAGCAGCCCAUGUUCGCUGAUACACUUUCUAGCCGGCGACGCGAGGAACUGAAUCACCAGGCGAUGCAGAAACGCCAGCAGGAUCAGUAUCAGCAGCAGCAACCCAUGUUGUCUCAACGGAUGGGCAAACAUGUCCGUUGGCCAGGUGACCAGACGGAUGGAACUCAGGUGAAUCCAGUGAUCCUGCAGUCGAGGCGACGUCGUGAGGAGGCGGAGGCUCAAGCGAAGAAGCAUCGAGCUCUAAUCGCUCGCGAGAUUCAGCGCCAGAAGGAGCACCUGUUGGCACCGACUUGCGCCAAGGAGCGUCUGGGCAUCUGGCAAAGUGUGCGCCGGGAAAAGGGCCGCAAGUUCUCGCCCAAACGUAGUAGCAGCAUAACCAAAGCCCAUCGCCGGAAGCAGCAGCGGAAUCUUAGCCAGCGGGUACGUCAUCAGCGGAUGCUGGAAAUGGAGGCCCAACGGGAUGCCAAGUUCCUGGAGCAACACGCCAAAAAGCAACGACUUGAAGGUGGCAAGGUUGUGGGUCCAUGCGAAUCUCCGAGUAUAAGAAGCAAGAUCAGUGUUAAAAGCAAGGCCAGUGCAAAAAGCAAACUAAAGUCCAAGGGAAAGAUAGUUCUCAAAAAGGCAAUACUUCGGGAAAGCACCCACAGCCUGAUGUCUAAGUCGAAGGAGCAGCUGGUAUCUAGCUCCAAAACCCAACAAUCCCUUCACUGGACAGCAGGCACCAUCAGCGAAAUGGAAAGAGACCAGCAUCUCAGCUGGCGAAAGGAGAGGACCAAUCAGCUGAAUGACACACGACUCAGGGAAUUGAUCUUUUCUAAAAUGUAUGAAAACGGCCACCUGACCAAGAACGAUAUCAAGUGCUUUCCGGAUCUGCUUUACCAUAUACUGAGCAAAGAUUUCCAGGAAACGAAUAUUCCAUAGAGGGAUAGUGAUUUUUGCAUCUGGUUUUCUGGCCGAUCUGUAUGUGUUUUAGCUCAGUGAAUUGUCUUUGCAGCCAUUUUUUAUAUGGCCAACCCACUUGGUGUCGUUGAAAUUAAAAAUAAAACCUGCCGUCACAAUACUAGAAUGAAAACCUGGUUUUCUGAGUGAGGGAUACCAAUCAAAGUUCAAUAGGCCUCACACAUCGUUAUCUAUUGUUUUGCAUAUUUCCAUAAAGGCAACUUUAUGAGAGAUUUUCCGUCGCAAACUGUGGCAAACAUAAAAGAAGCACAUAAAAUAGCAGUUGCUGCUGAAAAGGGGAUAGUAUAAUAUGGUAUAGGCGCGGCAAGGAAGCAAGGGAACCACCUCAUCGAUUUGUCAAACUUACAUAGCAGAGAGGAAAAAAGAAAAAAAGGUACUACAGAGAAGGCUUCUAUCUUCAUAUGCACACUGAUAAAAAUAUAUCAUU